AUGGGUCCGUGCUCACGCACUCACUUUAUUUACCUCGCUGCCUCCCACCUACCGUCCCCUCACCCUCACCGAGACACCUUCCCGAUCACAGCCCCAAUUCUCUGGUCGUGCUUGGAAAUCAUGAAGCUCGUGGCAGCGGCGGUCUCAGUCGUCGCCGUCUUUGUCCCUUUGCUCGUUGCAGCUUCUCCGCUCGCACGCACUGCUGGGUAUACCUUGUCUGCCGCUCAUGGACUGGACCGCGAUGGUCCUCCUCGCGUUGAUGACUCGGUAAAGACCUUCGAAUCCAAGCAGAAUCCCCUCUUCAAGCCUACCCACGUGUGGCUGACUACCUUGCUCGAUGGCGAACUUCUUUUGACCGCUAUGAAGGAGUCGGACAAGGAAGCUGGUCUACAGUUGGGAGAUAGUCGUCAACCACCUUCGGUAGCUAGUGUCUGGCAGGGCAAUCUAACGGAAGACCUCCGCAAAUGGUACUGGUCUGAUUCUCAGCCUGACAAGGGUAUCCUCGAGAAUAUCUUGCGUACAACGCGCCAUUAUGGCAUACUGGAUUCCGAAGUUGCCAUUCACCAGGUCGAGCAUCUGGACCCGAACAAGAAAGACUCGGAUGGCGGCCUGCUUAGCCCAUCAAAGCAAAACUACAGUGUGGAUGGCCAGGAGUACCGAGCCACUGGCGCACGCUUUCUCUUUUGCUUCAGUCAUGGUCUUGGGUUGAUCUAUACUCAGCAUGGGAAAUCUCUGUCGCAAGCAGCAAAGGAGGAAUGGCGCCGCGAAGUCAAGCAAGAGGAACUUCCUUUGCUGAACACAAUGUCUGACAUCCUCUGGGCAUAUUGGUCUCGCAACAACUCAAACGUGCAGAACAUCAAUUAUAUAUGGGUGGAAGAAGUCAUGGAGGAUACAAUGAAGCUCAUCGCCCGUAUACUCGACAAGACUGGAGAUCAGCUUGGGCGAUGGCCUGUUGAGACUUUCGAAUCCGGCAGCGAAGUUGGGAAUAUCCUAAUCGGUUCCGACGAGGGUACCUCCAUCGCAUGGUUUCUUCUGCAACACAAGGCUCAGCUUGGGAAUAAAUAUAUUUCUCGGAUUCAGAUCAUUAUGGAUCCUGACUGGUUCGAACAAAAUGUAUCGCCUAAGCCGCACUUACUCUUCCAUGUUGAGGAUGCCCCUCCCCCAGAGAGAAAUACCAUCACCGACUAUCUUCGAAUACUCGCCAACUCGACCCAGAGUAAUGAUGCCCUGCAAAAGACGUCAAAUCUGGAAACAUCAACAGCUAUUGGAGAUGUAGAGCAGCCAAACAAGGUUACACCAGUAAAUGAUCUGGCUUCUAUAUCUGGCGUUUCUCCCGCUAUGGACGAGCUCAGGAAGAAAAAGCGUACUUCAUCUAGGUUAGCUGCUCGUGGCUUUGACCCCGAUGACCCAGCCGACGAUCAACUAUUGGAAAACUAUAAAUGCAAAGGUGGGCAAUUGCUUGAGACGAUGCGUGCAGACGACAAACGAGCGGGACAGAUCUAUGGAGACCGUGAGUCGAUGCAGAGUAUGUUCUCAGAUGAUAAGUUUCAAGAGGACAUGAAGACAUGGGGAUGGUCGGUCAAGCACGUGAACCAGGACUUAGUCUGCGACUUCUCAAUUCUCGCAUUCCCAAAAGAACUCCAUUUGAGUGCCAAACCUAAGCACGCCGGCGGAAAUAAUUGGUGCUUCGAGUGGUUACAUGGAGUGUCCAAUCAGGAUGAUCCCUCUCUGCCACGCAUAAAAGACCAAACUUAUAAGGUGAAUGGUAAGCAGUACAAGAUGACUGGGGCGUCGUACCUCGGCGGUGUAAACGCAAAAGAUGGGCUCAUCAUGGCGUUCAACGUGAAGAGUCCUGCGAAUUCGUUCCGCACGCUCUUCGGCUAUAAACCUUCACCGGAAGAGCUCCCCACACUUCGAUACAUGUCAGAUGUGUUUUGGGGUCAAUGGGCCCUGGAAAACCCGGACGUCAAAAACCUCAAAUACAUAUGGGUGAACAAUGUGGUGAACCGCGACACGGAGAAACUAGUCAACCGAAUCAUCAUGAACCACGGGGGCCAGUUGAAGCCAUGGCCAGGAACGGAAUUCAAACAUGACUCUGAUGAGGCCAAAGCGCUUAUUGGGUCUCCCAAUGGAUGGACUUGGGGCCAUAUGCUGGAAGCACACAAGAAAGAGCUUGGAAGGAAGUGGAUCUCGAAAGUCACAGUCUUUGAUUCAGAAGAGUACGAGAGCUUUGAACCUAAUAUCGAGUUGUUGUUCUGGGUUGAGGACGCACCAUCUGAUGGGGAUGGCAAUGCUGCUGUGUUCACCGCCGACACAGAGCUGAAGCUCAUUGCGAAUGCAACGGCCGCCGAUAUCGUGGAGCCCACUACCAAUUCGAAUGUGAUUGAUAACAAGCGCCGACCUCGCCGUCAUGCUUCUUCAGAGCUCGAAACUCGUGGUUUUAAUCCCAAACGCACAUGCAGCGAUGAUCAGUGGAAUGCAGCUGUCUGCAAAGGUGCUCGACAUGUCGAAGCAAUGAAAGGGGAUGACACAAAAGCCGGACAGGUUUGGGACAAAAAUCCUCCUACGUUGAAGAGUCAAUGGAAAGAUUCAGAAUUUAAAAAUGACUUCAAAAAAUGGGGCUGGUUCGACGUCACGGUAGAUGAUUCCAUGUGCGACUAUACCAACGACGGGGGAUACGACUAUGACCGAGCCUUCAAGCAGUUGGGGUGGAAUGGCAAAUCGGUGGGCGAAGGCGGCGAUAUGCGAUGCUUCAGCAUGCGACACAAAAGCACUAACAACAUGGAAACAAAAUAUGUGGUAGACGGCAAGGAAUACUUGUAUACCGGUGGUGAAUACGAUGGCGCUACCAACCUUAAAGGGGGUGCGUUAGUCGCGCAAUCCGUUGGUAGUCCCUACCAUGAAGCAAAAGAGUUAUGGGAGCCUGUGGAUGUAAAUUUGCUCCCUCGUCUUAGGACCAUGUCGGAUCUUUUCUGGGGCGCUUGGAUUAACAAUAACCCAAACGUCAAAGAUAUCAAGUACUUCUGGGUACAAGAUGUCCUGAAUGAUCAGACGAGCGACAUAGUGGCCUAUGCAUUUCGCCGUGCCAACCAGCCGAAUUUGGAAAUGUAUCCAGGUCACCAGUUCGACGGUGAUUCCGACGAGGCAAAGGCUCUCAUAGGCUCUCCAAACGGAUACACGUGGGGCUAUUUCCUCUCUUCACACAAAGAACAGCUCGGAAACAAGUGGAUUUCACACGUGGUCGUGCUUAAUGCGUACGACGACGAAGAAGGGAACCACGAGAACCCACCCAUCGAUUUGAUCUUCGUUGUGGACGAUGUGCACACGAAUACGAACGCGAUGGCCUUCGCCAACAUGACCAAUUUCACUCGUCCUACGAGUAAGAAAGCGUCGAAGGAACGCCGCGGUUGA